AUGCACAACUCCGCCUCUCUUGGCUGCGAUAUGGGCACUCUUCUGUGGAAUACAGACACCUACUCGGAAUCCUUGGAUUCUGAAGUUGAAGAAGGCCUUGAUGCAUUGGACCUCGCAUUUGAUGAAGUCCAAGAGCAGUUCAUCACACUGAUCGGAUCAACGUAUUUUCACCGGAGCAAAUUUGAGAAUCGUCAUCACUGCAAUGCUAGGAAAUCUCGAUCUCAAUGCAGACGCCGACGGUGA